AUGAGUGGAGAUCAGCCGGAGAGCAGCCAGCGAACAGCCAGAGAGCAGCCAGAGAACAGCCAGAGAGCAGCCAGAGAGCAGCCGGCGAGCAGCCAGAGAGCAGCCAGAGAGCAGCCAGAGAGCAGCCAGAAAGAAGCCAGAGAGCAGCCAGAGAGCAGCCAGAGAGCAGCCAGAAAGAAGCCAGAGAGCAGCGGGAAAGCAGCCGGAGAGCAGCCGGAGAGCUGCCGGAGAGCAGCCGGAGAGCUGCCGGAGAGCAGCCAGAGAGCAGCCAGAGAGCAGCCGGAGAGCUGCCGGAGAGCAGCCAGAGAGCAGCCGGCGAGCAGCCAGAGAGCAGCCAGAGAGCAGCCAGAAAGAAGCCAGAGAGCAGCGGGAAAGCAGCCGGAGAGCAGCCGGAGAGCAGCCAGAGAGCAGCCAGAGAGCAGCCGGAGAGCAGCUGGAGAGCUGCCGGAGAGCAGCCAGAGAGCAGCCGGAGAGCUGCCGGAGAGCAGCCAGAGAGCAGCUGGCGAGCAGCCAGAGAGCAGCCGGCGAGCAGCCAGAGAGCAGCCAGAGAGCAGCCAGAAAGAAGCCAGAGAGCAGCGGGAAAGCAGCCGGAGAGCAGCCGGAGAGCAGCCGGAGAGCAGCCAGAGAGCAGCCAGAAAGCAGCCGGAGAGCUGCCGGAGAGCAGCCAGAGAGCAGCCGGCGAGCAGCCAGAGAGCAGCCGGCGAGCAGCCAGAGAGCAGCCAGAAAGAAGCCAGAGAGCAGCGGGAAAGCAGCCGGAGAGCAGCCGGAGAGCAGCCGGAGAGCUGCUGGAGAGCAGCCGGAGAGCUGCCAGAGAGCAGCCGGAAAGCAGCCGGAGAGCAGCCAGAGAGCAGCCAGAGAGCAGCCAGAGAGCAGCCAGAAAGAAGCCAGAGAGCAGCGGGAAAGCAGCCGGAGAGCAGCCAGAGAGCAGCCGGCGAGCAGCCAGAGAGCAGCCAGAGAGCAGCCAGAAAGAAGCCAGAGAGCAGCGGGAAAGCAGCCGGAGAGCAGCCGGAGAGCAGCCGGAGAGCAGCCAGAGAGCAGCCAGAAAGCAGCCGGAGAGCUGCCGGAGAGCAGCCAGAGAGCAGCCGGCGAGCAGCCAGAGAGCAGCCGGCGAGCAGCCAGAGAGCAGCCAGAAAGAAGCCAGAGAGCAGCGGGAAAGCAGCCGGAGAGCAGCCGGAGAGCAGCCGGAGAGCUGCUGGAGAGCAGCCGGAGAGCUGCCAGAGAGCAGCCGGAAAGCAGCCGGAGAGCAGCCAGAGAGCAGCCAGAGAGCAGCCAGAGAGCAGCCAGAAAGAAGCCAGAGAGCAGCGGGAAAGCAGCCGGAGAGCAGCCAGAGAGCAGCCAGAGAGCAGCCAGAGCCACUGGUAG